GUUAUGGUUAUAGUGUUUACAACAUGUAGCAGUUGUCGAUGACGUUUUUUUACCAUUUUUAGCAUUUCAUUUUUUUUGAUGAAAGUCCAGCAUUCGUCUAUAAAAGGGUCUUUCUGAGGCAACAGUCUUGUGAAAUUGUACCAUAGACAGAAUAUGUCUUGACGUUUGGAUAGGAUUUCCCGAACGAGUAUCGGAAAACUGACAUGGGACCAGCAAGCGUGUAUCAGGGGGCACUUAGGAACAGCAAGUGAAAAUGACGAUUGGCUAAUGCACGCCUAGAUUGUAAAGAGGCAGUUUCAUUAACUGGAAUGAAGUUAAAUACUAUGUCCGUAGUACAAUGGCUUGCUAGAUUAUCUAGUGGUGGUUCAUUUUGAAUAUUGUAAAAGUUAUCAACUAUAGAUAUGUUGCAAUCCCGCUUGAAUGUGAUAAAGUGAAAUAAAAAUAAAUAAAGACAUUAAAGACGCAGCUUCUUGAGGAUAUAUAUUAGCUAAUGUGUGAAGACGAGUGUAUUUCAAAUUAAUUAAAUUUAUUCAAACGCAUACACUUAUUAUAAUUGAAUCAACAAUAGAAUUAUAAUAGAAAGGAAAUUAUUGUGACACAGACUGUUUAUGUCAUGGCCAUGUAAAACUAUACAGAGUAUGAGAUUAAGUUUGUGUUGAUAAACCAUUUACAAAAUGCAGUUUAUUUCCUUAUUGGCGAUCUUUCCUGUCACGUGGCAGCUGGCUGUGCAAGGCGUGGACUUCGACAGCCGCUCCGUGAACAUUACGGCCGUAAAAGGACAAUCCACCAUAUUACCAUGUGCCGUUAACAACAAGCUUGAUAAACAGAUAAUAUGGAUGAAUCCUCGGCGCAUUCUCAUCAGUACGGAAGACCGGCGUGUCAUCGACGACACCCGUAUGAGCAUCGAGCGUCCGUACGUGCAGGACUGGAACCUCCAUAUCCGUAGCGUGCAGGUCUACGACGACGGAGAAUACACUUGCCAGAUCAACACAGACCCCAUACAGAUCAAACGAAUUCGACUCAAAGUGCAAGUUCCUGCUGAAAUCGUCAACGCUACACCUGGUGAUAUUCGGGUCAACGAGGGUCAGAAAGUUGAACUUACGUGUCAGGCGACUGGGAUUCCGGACCCCUCGAUCACGUGGUACAGGAAAACCGCGCAGACAAACAACGCACGAGAACACGUGGGUACCACCGGGGAACUACUUCGCAUUCAUAACAUCUCACGCUACUGCGGGGGCGUGUACGAGUGCGAGGCGAGCAACAACAUAGCCCCGCCCUCCCGCAAGGUCAUGCAUAUUCAGGUCGAAUUUGCACCAGAAGUACGGUUCAAGACUCCGCGGCGCAUCAGCCAGGAAGUAGGCAAGGAGGCGCUGCUCGAGUGUUUUGUGGCGGCAUUCCCACACGGCGUCAGCACCUGGACCAAGAACGGCGACGAGUUGAUUGGCGCGGACGAGUCGCGCUGGAAGUACCGGACCGAGGUCUACCAAGAGGACACGUUCACCAUCGCACUUUACCUGAGGAUCCUUAACCUGGAGCCGGAAGAUUUCGGAACGUACUCCUGUGAGGCAUCCAAUUCUCUCGGAAGCGACAAGGACACUAUACUAUUAUAUGAAUACGUGAAGCCGACGCCGCAGCCGUCGACGACACGGAUGACUCCCCGGUCACCGGAUCUCGCGGUUCCUCGCUACGAGCAAAACUGGCACGUCGGUCGGACGGAAAUCAAUACGGGUGAGCGACCACACGCCGUGAGUGGAACCUCGCACAUAUCCGGUUUCGUAGGGGCCAGUGAUAGUAUCCGUCCAUCAAAUGGCGCCAAAUAUCUGCACCAUACGACAUUUUCCGGACACAUGCAGACGACAAUUGCGUUAGCGAUCAUAAAGUACGCUUUAUAUUUAUGCAGCGUCAUGUCAUGAGGAUGUAUAUGCUUUUGAAGCGCUCUCUUGUAUCGAGACCGUAUGAAGAUUUGCAGAUUUUCCAACGGAUGCUUGUGGUUAGUUGAAUGUUUUAUGAUACAUCAAAUGAACAAUUUUUUAAUUCCCCGUGCAUUAACAAAAGAGUAAAAUCUGAGAACAGAUCCGAAAUCGAUUCGUACUAUUGUACGUUGUGAGCGUGUGAGAUAUAGUUUGUUAAAACUUGAUUGCGUCACGUGAACUAUAAAUUAAUAAAUUAAUUAAAUCACUUGAACUGUAUAUUGCAGAAUGUGUUGCGAUGAUACACGAUUGCUUUGAUACAAAUUAAUAUUGCCAAAGAAUGUUUUCUGUCAAAAAGUGUAAUUCACGUACUUUUUAAUUAUUGAAUUGUUGUUUCACAUUAAAAACAAUUGUGUGCACUCUUUAAAAGUUACAACUAUAGUAUCUAUUAGGAUACAAUGUGUAAAUAUCCUGAAUGCAUGCACUAUUAAAAUGCGAGUGUCGUAAAUUUCCAUAUUUUUGAUGAAAUACGAAAGAAAUAAGUUGAUGUCUGUGUGGGUAUUACAUUUUUAGUAUGAUCACUGUAUAUAAGACUUUAUAUAUGACAUUAACAAGUUUAAAGGUUGUAAAAACAGUAUCAACGUCGUGUAUUCCAAGUGUUUAUUCAAAAUUGGUUAGAAUGUAAGGCGUGGUUUUAGUUUGCAUGCCGAAGAUUGAUGCAUGUUUCAUUUUGAAUUAUCGGAGCAUGCUGUCAACAGAACGUCUUGCAAAUAUUACUAUAAUUUGUUCUAAGUAUUUGUUCUAAAAAUGAUGGUAUCGGUAUAGUUAUUCUUGAAAUGAAGGCUGAAUUUAUAGUCAAAUUAUUUGAGUCGCGUUCUGAGAAAACUGGGCUUCAUGCUUGUGCGUAAAGUGUCGUCCAAGAUUAGCCUGUGCAGUACGCACAGGCUGAUCAGGGACGACACUUUUCGCAAAUAUUGGAUUUUUGCUAAGAAGAGAAUCCAUUUAAACGAAAAAUGUCAUAAAAGCGGAAAGUGUCGUCCCUGAUUAGCCUGUGCGGACUGCACAGGCUAAUCUGGGACGACACUUUACGCACAUGCAUUUUACCCAAUUUUCUCAGAACGAGGCUCAUUUGUUCUCUUUCGAUCGUAAGAUGAGACUAAGUUUUAGGUAAUGUUGUUUUGUCAUUAUGUUUUAGUGUUGUUUAUAAAAAUGUUCAACUUUUUUUCUCUACAAAUAAAACUGUUGUUUAAAUUUUAGAUGUACAUGAAAUGGCACGGGAUAAUGAUGCGCAUAUAUUGUUUAAACCUUUCAUUGGGUUAAUUAUUUAAAUAAUCAUACAUAUGAAAUGAUUUUAGAACUGAAUAGAUUUGAAGACAAGUGCCCAGAACAAAUUUAGCAAACAACUGGUGUUAAGUAACCAUAUGUCCGUAGCGAUAAAUAUAACUAUCGGAUAUUAUGCAGAUUUAUCCAUUUUUUAACUGUUUGUAUAAAGUUGCACACAUAGUUCAGCAUUAUUUAUUUACAAGUAUUGUGUGUAUGUUCAUUUAUGUCUUGGCGUAACAUGCUAUUGUAUAUGAUUGUUUAUGCAUUAUUUUGCACAUGUAAUAAUAAU